UGAUUCGCAUUCGCAGUCCCAAGCGAAUGUCGAAUAUUAUUUCUUUUGAAUAUUAUUUUUAUCUUUUAAAACCACCAAGAAAAAUGAAUUAUUUCAUCAUUUUUAAUAUAAUCUCCUGAGUUUGAAGUAAUAUCGGUCCAUCGCAACUUUUUGCGAUGGACGUACAAGACGAAGGUGUUUUGGAUGUUGACUUACUCCCUGACGAUGGGUCAGACGAUGAAGGUGAAGCGCCGCCGUCUUCUGAUUUCUAUGUGGGGCCUGGGUCAACACCAACAUCAUGUGCAUCAUCCCCACGUGGGGAGGAGCCUGCCUCUCCACAUGGGGGUGCAGCACAACCAGCAUUUUUUCACCACCAACCAUAUAGCCGACCAUUCUUUACAUCUGUUAGAAGAGGCCCCGGUAGACCACGGAAAGAGGGGCCUAAGUUAGCGAGGGAAGGAAAAAUUGUCAGAAGAUAUAGAGGAAAUCCCGGUUCUUUAAGAGGAGCAAAACGACAUCGUACUAGCCGUGAUGAUGCUCUUGAUGAGGUAAUGGAUGAGGAUGACUUCACCAUGCCAGCACCAGAAGAACCACCCUAUAUGCCUGAAAAAUGGCCUGGAAAAGUUUGUGCUCUCUGUAACCUGAGCGAGAGAAGUCAACUAGGGCAGGGUGAGAUGCGUCAGGUACCAUGUAACAUUGAAGAGGGUGAUGGUAGUUCAACACCAGCUAUAAUCAAUUCUGGAGGUGCGACGCCAACAAGCAUCUCAACACCAAGCACACCAACUUUACCAAUGGCACCUGGGCUAUCAUCACCUCCACCUGAAUCAAUAGAUCCAAUGCAACAACAUUUAGCUUUACCAUUGAGUAGACGGCAGAAGGCUUUUAAUAAAUGCAAGACACCACUGUUCAACAUGGAGCACACAGAUGAACUUUCUAUCAUUGGUUACUCAGAAAGUCUGGAACUGCCAUCUGUUGUGUCUUCCAGUGCAUUGUACAUACACAGAUGUUGUUUGGAAUUUACUCCACCCUUUCAGGAUCAGGUGGCGUCAGCUUCUAACGAUGAAGAUAAGAGUCAGUUAGAAGAAGCAAGAGUGAAAGGAAUUGUUAUUAAUGCUUUAUCAAGAAAGUGUGCCUUUUGUCAAAAAUAUGGGGCAAGCAUUCCAUGCAAGAUGAGCUGUAGUAAAUUUUUCCAUUUGCCCUGUGUCUUGGCCUCGGGAGGUUUUAUUGAUUUUCAUACAAAGUCAUCUUUCUGCAAAGAUCAUUUAUAUCAAGUGCCACUUGUUUGUACUGCUGAUAUUGAGUGCAGGACAUGUAGAACUAUUGGUGACAUUUCCAACUUGAUGACCUGUGUCACCUGCGGAGGACAUUACCAUGGAACUUGUGUAGGACUCGCUCAGAUGCCAGGAGUACGCGCGGGCUGGUCGUGCCGCGGCUGCCGCGUGUGUCAGGUGUGCCGGGGCGAAGCGCCAGGCGACGCACGCGCCGUGGCCUGCGAGCACUGCGACAAGCUCUACCACGCCGCCUGUCUGCGCCCCGUCAUGGCCACCGUGCCCAAGUACGGAUGGAAGUGCAAGUGCUGCCGCGUGUGCUCUGACUGCGGGGCGCGGUCGCCGGGCGCGGGUCCCUCAUCCCGCUGGCACGCGCACUACACUGUGUGCGACUCCUGCUACCAGCAGCGCAACAAAGGCUCCUUUUGCCCUCUGUGCCGGCGGGCGUACCGCGCGGCCGCUUACAGAGACAUGAUACGCUGUACUACAUGCAGAAGGUACGUGCACGGCGCUUGUGACCCGGAUGCAGAACCGCAGCAGUACAGGCAGAAGAAAGACCAGAAUCCAUCCUAUGAGUAUAAUUGUCCCAUCUGCAAGUCUCACAUGCAGAUGUCUGGCUCCAAAUCUGCUUCAUUUGAAGACGAUAGCUUGACCCAAAGUGGUCAAGACUCAUCAUACGGCGAGGAAAAUUCACAAGAACAGGAUCCUCUAGCUAUUGAACCCAAACCUUUGCAGCAGGCGGACGUUGGUCUCGGGAAGGGCAAACCAUUUUCGGUGUCAUCGAAAGUGGCGAAGAAAAAGAUCGGCGGAUAUAAACUGAAGGGCGGAUUCCCUCCAGCGGGUAAAUUAGGCUUCCAAAAGCGACAGAGAGCUGUGCUCGAUUUCGGUCGGAAGAGAGGAUCGAAGCCUAAAAUGAGAGGUGUCUUUGGUGUUCCGGGUUUAGGAUUACAAAGACCCCAAGCCCCAGAUAAUAAAACUCCAGAAGAUGACCCAGGUGUAGAGAAUAAACUUGUCCUAUGUUCGAGUAAAGACAAGUUUGUACUGACACAAGACUUGUGCGUGAUGUGCGGCGCCAUCGGGACGGACUCUGAAGGCUGUCUCAUAGCCUGUGCGCAGUGCGGGCAGUCAUACCAUCCUUAUUGUGUUAAUAUCAAGGUGUCCCAGGUGAUAGUAAGUCUGGGUUGGCGCUGCCUGGACUGCACGGUGUGCGAGGGUUGCGGUACGCGCGGGGACGAUGCGCUGCUGGUGCUGUGCGACGAUUGCGACACCGCCUGGCACACGUACUGCGCGCGACCGCAGCUCGCGGACGUGCCGCGUGGCGCCUGGCGCUGCGAGCGAUGUCGCCGAUGUCGUGUCUGCGGCACCAGGGACACGCUCGCCUGGCGCGACAAUUAUACCGAAUGUGCACCGUGCGCGUCGCUGGUGAUGUGCUGCGUGUGCGCGGAGCCGUACUCUGACGGCGAGCUGAUCAUCCAGUGCGAGGCGUGCCGGCGCUGGCUGCACGCCACCUGCGACAGCAUACGCAGCGAGAACGACGCAGAGAUAUGCUGCCGGGCAGGAUAUAAAUGCAUAAUGUGCCGAGGUCGCGAGGUACCACCACCGCACGUAUCACGCGCGCUGCCCGCGCCAGAGUGUGUCGGGGGCGGGGGCACGGGAGCGCGGCUGACGGCGCAGGCGCUCGGCCUGGCCGGCGAGUACUACGUCGACGAUGUCUGCCUCUCACAGCGCGGCGCACACCACAUGAAGCAGCUCGAGGCAGAUAUGGGCAUCACGCAUACAAGACGCAAGAGACGCUUCAAGAAUGAAAAUGCUGAGAAAGACGCCGAAAUAAUGGCAUCUAUUGAAACAGUGGUUCAGAAUGCAGACAACGAGUUGGCCGAGGAUUCCAAGCCCGACAGCACAGCUGAAGUCAAAGACGAACCCGGAUUAGCAUCUAAUACAAACUACAAAGAAGGUAUGCUUUGGAACGUGGCAAGCGACGGCCCACCGCCUGAAGGAUUCACAGUGUACUCUAUAGAAUCUGGUCUCACUGUGCUGAGAAGAAAACGACAGAGAAACCUAAACAAAUUGGGCAUUGGCGGCUUCGUGGUGCGACAGAGACAGGCGACCAUCAAAGCGCAAGCCGACGAUGACAAAGAUGGCGACGGCACACAGGCGUCAGGAGAAUCGCCAAGCAACAAGCGAAAACCUCGUCGCAAGCCUCGCUCUAAGCUAAUGGAACAGUUCCCGUCCUACAUGCAAGAAGCUUUCUUUGGCAAGGAUUUACUCGAGCCUGUCAAACCCGCUGUCAGUUCUACUGGCAAUCCAUCAGAAAGUCCUGGCGGGUCAGUACGUGGAGGUACUCCGGAGGGUUACCGCGAGCUGCGCGACUUCAAGCUGGACAUUGACAACUCUGACAGCGAGGGCGAGGACGUGCUCGCCGCGCUCACCAGCUACAAUGACAAUGAUACUUCCUUUGUUAUUGCACUCAAUACGGAGGAACUCGACCUAUUACAUUCUCUGAAGCCAAAAGAGGAGAAAGAAGAUCUAUCGAGCAAUAUUAAUUCAGACGGCACAGCAAAGAUAAAGCUGGAACAUCCAGAAGACGGACAACUGAAACAUACAGAAGACUCCACAGCACUAAAGAAUGCUAUCUUAGGCCCUCAGCCCAGUGAGGCUGAACAGCCACCUCCUGCACCAACGGAAAAUAUACCUACAGUGCAUAGUACUAAGACAGAAACUGUUAGUAGCGAGACAGGAGGGUCGUCGCAAGGGUCGACGAUAUCGCCGAAGGACGAGCUGUCACUUCUGGGUGUCAACCUGGACGCAAUGGUACGCGACACGCUGCCCGACAUGGACGGCAAUGACGUCGAUGAAAUAUUCAAAGGCGUACUCACUGAUGACUCACAGGAGUCGCAAGAAUCGUCUGCAUCGUAUGUGAACUCAAUGGCGAGCACGCCGUACUCACAACAACGACAACAGCUGCAGAGUCCAAUGGACUACGCCUCACCCUAUCACAAUGAUUUUGGUAGCAACAGCAGCAGCGCGCUGAGCCCGCUGUUCUCUGAGUGCGGGUCGGGCGCGUGGAGCGAGCAGCCCGCCGCGCCACCGCCCUCCUACAACCAGCGCAGUGCUGACAAGAUGCGCGCAGACGAGAGUUUAGGAUCAGCGGCAACAAUAUCAGCUGUGCUGUACGCGAACACCAACCAUCCAGAAUGGAAGACCGAGUUCCCCAAUUGGGUGGACCGGUGCAAGCAGAUACUUAAGAAAUGGCGCGCUUUACCCUCCGAGCAGAAAGCGCCAUACUUGCAGCGAGCAAGAGAUAAUCGCAGCGCAAUAAGAAUGAAGAAAGCACAACAAAGCACGGGCGGCACGAGCGACACCGAGGGAACGAGCAGCGUGACCGCCCCGACCGGCGUGGCGAGCGUGACUGGCGUUUCGAGCGUGCCGAGCGGCGUGACGGUCAUGCCCACCGUGCCGAGCGUCGUGACAGGCAGCGUGACGAGCGCGGGCCCGCCGGAUCAGGAGCGGGCUUGCGGCGGUCAGCGCAGCGCGCGCGAGGCUGAGCAGGAGCGCCAAUGGAAGCAGCUCCAGCAGAUGCGCCAGCAGCAGACGCAACAGCAGCAGCAGAUCAUACACGAUCAGAGGAUACAAGCAGCGAUGCAGCGUAUGCGGGCUCCCGACAGCAGUCCGCCGCCGAGCAACGCGCCGCCGCCGAGCCCCGCCCCGGCCACGCCCGCGCCCCCCGCGCCCACCACGCCCACUGCCGAGGCGCCGCGCAGCGCCUUCCCCGCACAGCGCUUCCCGCUGCACUACGCCACCAACGACGACAUCAACCGCCAGCUGCGCGACCUGCUGCAGCGCCAUCCUGACAAGAUGUGGCCGCCGCAAGCAGGCGGUGAAGAAGGUGCAUUACAAGGUAUGAAUAUAGAAGGCCAGCCGUUCAGGCAGCCUCUGCCGGUAGCUUUGCGCCCUCGCACACCGCUGCAGCCGGGACAGAGACCGGACCACCAGUUAAUAAUGCAACAACGUAUUGUGGGUGCGGAGAGCAACCCGAUGCAACAGAACAUUCCACACUCAGUAGCUCAGCAUCUCAUGGAACAGAAGCAAUCUAUGGCUGCGCAACAAUCUAAUGUUUCAAAUCUGGGAGCAGACAAUAAACAGGAUUCUGCUUCUGAACAAGGAACGGACGAGAUGGACAUGGGAGAUAUGGAUAAAUUGGAACAAGAUACUGGAAACAUUGGAGAGGAUAUAUUGACUGGUCUGGGAGGCGAGGAUGACGAGGCGCUGCUGGAGUCGCUGACGGCGGAGAUGGGUGAGCAGUUCAACAUCCUGGAGUACGCGGACCCCGAACUGGCGGCGCUGAACGACGUGCACUUGCUGGACGGUCUAGAGCUCGCCGACGACGUUCCCGAUCGCCCGCCAGACCGCGCCAACGAACGUCAGCCCGAUCGCAACACAGACCGAAAUGUCAGGCGCCCGCAAGAUGAUGAUAAUGACAGUAAAACAGAUGUCAAAGUAGAAAGUGACCUUCAAAAGACCGUCAAGAUUAUGGAACAGAAUAAGGUGGAGGUGAAACCUGAGAUAGAUACUAUUAAAACGGAAAAUCAAGACAUGAAAUCAGAAAUGGCUCCGACACACAACGUCAACCAGAUGUAUUCGGAGGGAGUACAUAGAGUUAUAACACAGAACCAGCAAAUGUCUUUACAGACUCCAAUGCAAGAGAUAAAAUCUGAAAUAAAACUGGAGAACGAGGAGGGAAAGCCUGAGGGUGAGUGGCGCGGAGUGCAGUCCCCGCAGCGGCCCGUCUUCUCUCAGAUGUUCACCACGGCGGUGCAGCGUCUGCAGCUGCCGAUACAACAACAACAACAAAACAUGGGCCAGAGGGCGCAGCAGUUCGGUCAGCCGGUGCAGCAAGUGGUCGGGCAACAGCUCGUGCAGCGCGGCCAGCUCCAGCUUUCCGGACAGCAUAAUAUGCACUUUGCACAGAAUAUAAGUCAGAACGCGCACACGCAGAGCAUCGUGAACGCGAUGACGGCGCAGGUGCAGGCGGCGCUGGCGGCGGGCCGCGCCAUCGCACCCGGCACACGUCUUCUCGGCGCUGACGGUGCUGUCGGUGUUGUGCGCCACGACCGCUCUGUCGCACUCGCCGCCCUGCCGCACUCAGCUUCAGCAGGCGUGGGCCGGCCGCCGCCGCCGCCGCCGCAGCAGCAGCCCCCGCAGCCGCCACAGCCCCCGCCGCCGCCCUACCCACAGGCGCCGUAUGACGCGGAGGCGUGGGGCGACUGGCUGCAUCGCCGCCCGCUGCUGCUGCAGAACGUAAACCAGGAGCAACCGUUGCUUCUGGAGGAGCUACUGGAGCAGGAAAAGAGGGAACAAGAACGGGAGGGCGGGGAGUGGUCAGGCGCGGGGCCGGGCGGGCCGGGCGCCACGGCGGCGGUGGGCGCGGGCGUGGGCGGAGUCAGCGGAGUGGGCGGCGUCAGCAGCGUGGCGCCUCCUCCCGCGCCGCCCACCGUCGCGCUGUUCUCCGUGCCGCCGCCGCCGGCGCCCCCCGCGCCGCCCGAGCGCCCGCUCACCGAGGCCGACCACCACGCGCGCCUGCUCUACGAGCAAUGGCUCGACCAGUACAACGCCUUCGCCGUCGACCAGCUGCGUUACUACGAGACCGAGGUCCAGAAGCUGCGCAAGACCCGCAAGUCGCUGAACAGCAAACAGCGUCAGUUACGGAAGUCGGGCAACGAGCUAAUGCCUAACGACGCAGCCGCGCUGCAGCAGGUCUCCACGCAGCAACAGGCCUUACAGAAGCACCUCGAAUCUGCGAGGAAGCAAGCCAGGCAGCACAGCACUCUUAUUCAGGAAUACCAAACUAAACAUCGCCAACAAAAUCCUCAACUGGCACAACAAACGAUCGUAAACUCGCAACAGAUAUCGAGCAACCAGGGUGUCUUUACUCAGAAUCAAAAUGUGGGACAAAAUUCACAGUUGCAGCAGACAACUAUUAACCGUCCGAUGCAGAUCGGUCUACAGGGAGCGCCCUCGCAGCAGCAGCAACAGCAGCAGACGCUUAUACGAACCCAACAAUCCGUGUUAAAUUCUGACGGGCAACCGAUCUCGCAGCAAAGAAUAGGUUUAGUAACCUCACCGCUAAAUGCACAAGGUAGAAUCCUCCAAGGCGGUCGAACACUUGUCAUUGAGCAAGCUGGUGCGCCGCAGCAGCAACUAGUGAGACAACUCUCCGGCGUCCAAGAGAGGCCUCAGUCCGUCGGGGGCAUGGUGCAAUUCAGUCAGCAGCAGCUGUCAGGAGUUAGAGGAUCGAUGCCGGCGGGAAAUCAAAUGCCGCGGCAGCCUGGUUCGCGGCCCGCCAUGUCUCCUCUGCACGUGCAGUCGCCACAUUCGCAGUCUCCGCUGCAUUCCUUGGCGCCGCAGUCCCCGCUGCAUCACCUUACCUCACCGAUGCAAUCGCCGCUACAUUCGCAGCAGUCACCAUUGCAUCAUACCUCGCAGUCCCCGCUGCAUCAGUCGACGCAAUCUCCGCUUCACACGCAACAGUCGCCGCUUCAUUCGCAACAAUCUCCGAUGCAUGCACAGCAAACGCAAAACAUGCCACAGCAGUCGCCCAUGCAUCCCCAGCAGUCUCCGAUGCAUCCACAGCAAUCGCCGAUUCAUCAGUCGCCGCUGCACACCCAGCAGCAGUUAUCGGCGCAACAUUCGCCGAUGCAUCCACAACAGAGUCCGAUGCAUCCGCAGCAGAGUCCCAUGCAUCCGCAGCAGAGCCCGAUGCACCCUCAGCAAAGUCCGAUGCAUCCGCAACAAAGCCCGAUGCACUCGCAGCAGAGUCCAAUGCACAUCCAACAGUCGCCGUUACACACGCAACAAUCACCAAUGCAGUCAUCGAUGUCACCACAACAUUUUCUUCAACAAUUGCAAGCGCAAAGAACUAGCCCUCAAUUACCAACGCCCAGCCGCAGUCCGCAGAUUUAUCAACAAUCACAAAUACAAAGCCCUGUAGCUUCGCACUCGCCUCAACUUCAAAAUAAUGAAUAUGCUACGGGAAGAUUUUCGAGACCCGCCCCUGGAUGCUCUCCUUUGCCAACACGGUUUGCAAGACCACCCCAUCAUCAACAAGGUAUGAGGGUCGGGGUACCCUUUGGAAGUCGUCAACAAACAUCACCGCUCGGCAGUCCGCAACCGUUGCCAUCUCCAGGCAACACAGCUAACGAAAUGGCCCGCCAACAACUGCUCCAGAGGCAGCAGUACAGUCCGAUGGGCGGCGCCCCGUCGUCUCCGUCGCUGUCGCGGUCGCCGCACGUGGCGCGCACGCCCACGCCCUCCGCCUCGCCCGCCGCCUCCCCGGCGCCCACGCACCAGGAGCACGGCGGCGGACAUCAUCAUCACAUGGCGCCCCACGACCAGCGGGGCGGGGGGCGCCCGCACAAUGUGGCGCCCCUUCCGCCCGGAUAUAGAUACUUCAAAAUCGGUCUCUUUGGAGGCGCUCCCGUUUGGCCCAAAGAUGACGAUAGGCGACCACCCUCCCACUUGAAUAAAGUAUCGAUACUCAAAAGGCGGACUCCUCCACGGCCGCGUUUCGCUGGUAAAACUGCUGCUCCGAGCGAAAGGCCGGAAGAAAUCGGUGAAACUAGUGAUGGACGAAAAUUUGUAGUUUUUUCCACCGACGCGGUGGAAUAUGCAACGGCUUCCGAUGAUGCGGCGCGUAUGAGUUUUGCUAAAGAUGAUAACGACGAUGAUGUCGAGGAAUUUGUUGAACAUCUGGACGAUGAUGACAUAGUUGUCGUAGAACCCGGAGCGAUAUCGCCGGAGGAGCGCAUCGCCACCGAGGAGGAUUUUGAGGAGUUGAUAGAUAGCGGUAAACCCGAAGAUGAAAUGGACGAGGACACGUCCCAUCAGGACAAGUGUUUAACUAGAACUGAAACUACUACAAAAACUGUCGCCGUAAUCAGUCUCGCUACUGCGAAGCAGCCCUCGACGAGUGUUCCGCAGUAUAAGAUAGUCAAUACGUCACAGAGCUCAGCGCUCUCCCGGCUGCCGGUGCUCAAUGCCACCAUUUUAUCUCAACAUGCUAAUACAAAAAUUAUAAACGAAUCACAAGCUACAGUUGCAUCGGUUUCCAUUGCUAAUCAAACUAUUUCUGUACCAGUUUUGAAGAAUCUCGCAGUGCCUAUUGCCAGUGUAACUGGUCACGCCGGUGGACCCAAACCUCAAAUAAAGAAAGUCCCUCUUAAUCUCACAAAUCCACCACUAACUGUAAAUAUGUCAUCUCAACCUCUUUCUAAGCCAAUCAGUUCCGUAAUAAGUGUUAUAUCUUCGAACGUACCUAAAGUAUCCAAUUUAAAUCCUGUGAUCAGUCUCGCAACUUCCAACACUGGUGCAUCCAGACUACCAGUGUCGAUUUUAACACAACAUCAAGUAAAACAAAAAAUUGUGAAAACUAUUGAAAAACCGAUUGCAUUGUCACUCUCUAACACCAAACUAUCCAGCUUAUCAGUAACACAUGACGUUACACUGCCAGCUAAAAUAUUCCAAGACGAUGCAGCAUCCCCCGAUAGCACUGUUUCUGCUGAAAAUAGUGAAUCACAAAAUCCUACUACUUCAGUGUCUUUGCUGAGCUUAACAUCCCAUGGACCUCAAAAAGAUCAUAAACCUUUAGCUAUCAUGAAAGAUUCAAGCAAAGACAUUGACAUCGAGACAGAAAUAAGCCAGCAGACUGAAUUACCUCACACACUUUGUAUCACUGAUAGAACACCACUUAUUUUGGCAAAGGCAGAUAUAAAGAGUCCUGAUCCGAUUCCAGAAAAAAUUCCCGAUAAUAUUAUGGAAGGUGACGAUGAAGACAAGCCCGAGGACAAUUUACAGAGCAACUUAUUGCUAUCAUACAAUAAUACUUUUAUACAAAAUCCAUCAAGUGAGGUUAAACAAGAUGAAAGUGUUGUUAAAACCAUAAAAGCUAUAGCAAACCAAACUAAAGAAAUGGUUAUCGACUCGAACAUGCAAAUAACAUCUGAUAUGGCGCAAGAAUCUGUUCAGAUAUCGAUUCCUUCGCCAACACCGUCACAAGAGCGCUACCUUAAUGAUAUAACUAUGCGAGAACAUUCCGAAGCGGUCGAAGGAAACACAAAACGUGUUGAAACCUUAGAAGAUAUGCUUUGUAUAUAUGAAAACAGAACUGAGGAGGAGAAAACCUAUGAAAUAAAACAAACAAGCCAACAGCAUAAUGUGCAUUUCAAUGUCCCAAAUCAAAAUACAAACAUUAAUAAAACACCGACGAAACAAGACAACAAAGAAGUUCAAGAGCCAUCAGUUUUAUUAAAACGUGAACAAGAGAAAUUGAGUCUGCAGUCAACCAGCGUGCCGCAGUUGUCGCCGUUAUCACAGCCGGCAGAGUUAACUUCGAAUAUGGCUAAUGUUUCACAACAGCUACGUACUAUUAUGUCUUCAUUGAAUACAAACUCGUCGAAAUUAGAACCUCAGAGUAUUUCUAGCAUGAGAAAAAAUAGCGAUGCUACCACCCCAACACAAGUGAACUUUGAAAAUUUGUUACCGUCUUCUAAGGUAGAAGUGACCACUUCACGUCCUUCUCCUAUUCAAAGAAUCGAGAAGCCGCAGUCAUCAAUUCAUAGUUCAGAAAGUAUGCCAAUUAGUGCGGCGCAAAUGGUGGGCUCGCGUGUAAACACUUUGUCGACUAUAGGGCAGAUAAGAAGAUCUCCCACUGUGUCACCAAUAAAUUCCCCCAUACAAAAUACAUUAAUGAAAUCCCCUGCGCAGCCCACUCUCAUAUCGAAUCAAGCUUUCACGCAAAGUGAAGAUGUUAUUGUUGCUACUGUGGCAUCACAAGUAAUCCAAAUGCCAGCUCUUUCAAAAAUACAUAGUAAUUCGUCGGCACCAGUAUCUUUGAUUCAUUCAAAUAAUACUAUCACAACAAGUAUAAGUGGGUUUCAAAAAGCUCAGCAGUUGCCCACAAGUAUAUUAGGUCACACCUUACUUCAACCCACCAGGCAGAUCAAUACUAGUAACAUAUCCUUCAGUUCUCACAAUAUUAGCUCCAGUCAGCCACCUGCUUUAGUAAUGACGUCGAGAGCAGUAAUGAGUAGUAAUAAAGAACCAGCCCCGAACGUCACUGUGCGAAUGCCACAAAUGCAAAUAAAGUCUAAUCAACCUCCUGGCUCGAUAAAUUUUAUAACAUCAUCAAAAUUGUUACAUACUCAAUUAACGUCCCCAUUAAAAAGAUCGAAGUCUACCGAUGAGCCUAAAACCGAAGUUAUAGUCGGUCACAUACAGCCUACAAAGAGGCACAGCGUCGAAGCCGUAACAGUUAAAUCAGAACCUAUGGAAACAGAUGAACCAAAUGCAACACCGAAUACAAAUGACAACGCGGCAAGUAAAAAUACUGGCGUUGGAAAUCAAAGAAAUGACGAGUCACAAAAUGUUCUUUUGAAGCAACUUUUACAGACGACGACUACAGCGGCGGCUGUGGUUCCCCAGCGGACAAUGACAAUACAAAGGACGGCGCCCGCUUUGGGCACAAUUUCCUCUUUAGAGGCUCAGCUAGCCAGACCCUCGAUACCACCUCCAACUUUAGCUUUAACACAAGAAGUAGAAAUACCAAAUAAUUCUCCCAGACAUUUGACUACGGUCAGUUCCAGUUUUAAUAAUCGCCCGACACAAAACUCAAUUCCUACAUCAUCCAUUUCACCAAUGAGUCAGACAUCGACACAGUCGUUAAUGGAUGUGAGAAAACAACCAAUAAAAAUUAUGUACAAAGAAGAAACAACACCAGUCCCAGAAAGUUCGCCUACUAUCAAAUCGACGCCAAUGUAUUCGAUGAAUUUAGAAAAUCAACAAAUUAACUCGACAAUCAAAAAAGAGGUGGCACCACCUCAGCAGAGUCCAGUACACAGGCCAUUUACACCUAUGGAUGUUAAAAAAGAAUUGUUGGAUGAAAGUUCUCAACAAUCCGCUACAUCCGGUAUCUCGACUGCAUCCGAUCAAGGAAAAUUAGAUCAACCAAUGAAAGAAGAAUACCCUGAAAGUGUGACUAUGGACUCGACUUCAGAAAUUAACACUCCGGAAACCGCCACCGAAGCAAAAAAACGUAAGCGACGAGAAUAUCAGCAAAAGAAGCGCAAACAAAUGCAAAUGAAUAUGAAAGCCGCCGCCGAAAGUAACUUAAGCUCAGUUAACGCUAAGAAAAGACCGCGUAAAGGUUCCAGAUACGAGGAAGACUAUGACACGUUCAUAGACAAUUUAAUGACUCAAUUACGACUUUUACCGCCUAUGCAAAUUCAAGAACCUACGCUUGGAGUUAAUUAUUCAGUUUGUCCAUUGUUUGGUUCCGGUGAUUUAACUAAACUAAAAAGUAAAGAUUAUGACAUUUUAAAAGGUGAUCUCACCGGGGAGUUUGGUAAUGCUAAAAUACCAAACGUCGCAGAUUAUUAUAAUACAAAACCAUUUGGCGAUGAAGAACCGAUACCAGAAAAACAAGCGACUUCUACUCAGCGAGGUUUCUAUGACCAAGAAUUCCCACCGAUAAUAUUCGACGAAGAUCCCGAAGAUAAGAAACUAGACUUUAUUUGCAAAGAAAGAGAUACAGACACACCUGAUAGCAUCAUCAGCUGCUCAAGCCCAGAAGGAUUUGAGAUCGAGCCCUCAGACCGAUUCCCGGGACUAAGGUUCAUCGACGACGAGGAUGAUGAGGACGAUAGCGAUACACCGUCAGGAAAAAUAUCUCCAAUAAUACCUCUGAUUGCUCCCAUACCGAUACGUAUGAAGCCGUUGUCUUUGUUUCAAGUCAAAGACGAAGAUGAAUGUCAAAAAUCAAUUAAAAGCGUCGACACCAAUUCACCGCUUAAAACUAAAAUUGAUGAUUCUCCGGGAAGCACAGAAAGUAAUGAAAAUGUUACUGUCACGCUUACACUCACCUCGGGAGCGGCUGAAGAUAUUCUCGGCGUAUUGAAAGAGCUCGCCGGUAUUCUUCACAUACCGCCUCCUACGUCAUACCAAAUAAUUGAAAGGACGGCGACGCCGCCUUCUCAUAAACUGGGAUUAUAUAGAUCAAAAGGAAAAGACGGCAAAGAAGGAACACCAAUAGACAUUCAAAGUAUAUUAAACGGAGCAGCGAAAUUCUGUCGGCACUGUGACGUUGUUAUAUUGGAUUCUGUCGUCCGCGCAAAGGCCUCCGAAUUCCCUCUACUUUCGGCUAACAAAGGGAACGCGGAGGAAAUUCUUUGCGACAGUGAUUCUGAACUUUAUUUUUGUAGUACCCAAUGCUACGAGAGAUUCGCUUGGCGACCUACCAACAUUAUUCUCGAUGGCAAGUCGAAAGUUGCCAUUAAAGAUGACAAUAAGUCUGAAAUCGAAAACAACUUGUCAAAGGACAGGGACGACUUCGACACGGCAUCGACUGAGAGCAUGGAAACGGAUGAUUUAGACAUAAAACCCGACAUAAAAGAUGAAAAGAUGGAUUUGUCAUUUAUCGAUUCAUUAGAUAAUGAUGAGCUAAUGAAGGAAGUUGGUGACGACGUGAGCGCUCUAGACGAAGAUCUGAAGAGCGUAGAGCAAGACGAUAAAAGUAAUCAAAGCGUGGAAAGAGAGAAAUAUAGGGGCAUCCGCUAUAAGGCUUGGUCGCCGGGCUGCAUUGGACCACCGGUUAAAUACAAACGUCCCACAGACAGGGAACUAACGGAACUGGUGUUUAGAACGGGCGUGGCGAUAAUGCCGGUGACGAACGAGGACACCCGUAAAUGCGAGCUGUGCGGCAUCCAGGGUGACGGGGUGGGCGACGGCGUGUCGCGGCUACUCAACUGUGACGUGGACCGCUGGGUGCACCUCAACUGCGCGCUGUGGUCGGCCGGCGUGUACGAGACUGUGAGCGGCGCACUCAUGAACGUGGACGGUGCGCUGGCGGCCGGCAUGAGCGCCACCUGCGCCGCGUGCCGCCGCCUCGGCGCCACCGUACGCUGCUUCAAGGUGCGCUGCGGCAGUGUCUACCAUCUCGGCUGCGCCGUCAAGGAAAACUGCGUCUUCUACAAGAAUAAAACGGCCUUCUGCGCCUCACACGCUCCUAAGAACGAGAAAGAUAACGAGCUGACGACGUUGAGCGUGCAGCGCCGCGUAUACGUGUCGCGCGACGAGCAGCGGCAGGUUGCAUCGGUGAUGUUGCACUCGGACGCCAAUCAUCUCAUACGUGUCGGCGGCCUCAUCUUCCUCAGCCCUGGGCACCUGCUGCCGCACCAACUGCCCGCCUUCCACACGCCCAACUACAUAUACCCCAUCGGAUACAAGAUCGUACGGUUCUACUGGUCGAUGUCCCGCGCCAACAGCCGCUGCCGGUACCUUUGCUGGAUCUCCGAGGAGGAGGGGCGGCCGCGCUUCCACGUGCGCGCGCAGGACGAGUCGCGCCGGGAGAUGUGCGCUGCCACACCUCGUGCUGCCUGGGCUGCUGUAUUAGACGCAGUGGCGGCGCUGCGAGAGAACCGCGACGAGGAGGGCGUAUUGAAGCUGUGGCCCAACUACGUGACCGGGGAGGAUCUGUUCGGCCUCACCGAGCCCGCCGUUGUGCGCGUGCUCGAGAGUCUGCCCGGUAUCGAAACACUAUCAGACUACCGGUUCAAGUUCGGGCGCAGCGCGCUGCUGGAGGGCGGGCUGGCGGUGAACCCCUCGGGGUGUGCGCGGUGCGAGGCGCGCGGCCGCUGCACGUGGCGGCGCGCCGGCCCGUCCCGCGCGCCCCGCCCACACGCCCCGCCCGCCACGCCCCCGCCCGACAGCCCCGCCUGCCCCUACACCAAGCAGUUCGUGCACACCAAGAGCUCGCAGUACAAGAAGAUGAAGCUCGAGUGGCGCAACAACGUAUACCUCGCCAGGUCUAAAAUCCAGGGUUUGGGUCUGUACGCCGCUCGGGACUUGGAGAAGCACACUAUGGUCAUCGAAUAUAUCGGAGAGAUUAUCCGAUCAGAGUUGUCUGAAAUACGCGAAAAGAAAUACGAGGCCAAGAACCGCGGCAUCUACAUGUUCCGACUGGACGAGCGGCGCGUGGUGGACGCGACGCUGAGUGGUGGACUGGCGCGUUACAUCAACCACUCGUGUCAGCCCAACUGUGUCGCCGAGACAGUCGAGCUCGACAGGCAUCUGCGCAUCAUCAUCUUUGCCAAGCGACGCAUCGCGCGCGGAGAGGAGCUCGCGUACGACUACAAGUUUGACAUUGAAGAUGACGCGCACAAGAUAAUGUGCAUGUGUGGCGCCCCCAAUUGCCGCAAGUGGAUGAACUAGUGCCCCCAACUGCGGCAAGCGGAGAAACUUGUGCCCCUACACCCAAUGACCGUCAUCCCACACGUCGCAGUCGACACAGUGAGCAGUCACCCCUUCUACCCCUAGUUAAGGCUAUGAAUUUAGUUUUAUGUACCAAAGUGAGUUUACACCGUGUUAUAGAGCUAUAUAUAAAACAUAUGUAAUGGAUUCAAGCUGACAUGUGAUGUAACGUUAUCAAUAAGACAAUAUCUACAGAGUUUUACACAUAUUUUGGUUUGUAAUUUUGUAACUCAAUUUAGAAUGAUAUGAAAAUGAAACAUUUUGUACAUAGUGAGUUGUAAGUGAUGUAUAAAUCAUUGUUGUUACAUUUUUGAUGUGAACCUGUUUCUUUCGAAUGUACGUAGAAUUUAUAAUUUCUUAAUU